AUGAGUCUUGACAUUUUUGUUGCAUGUGAGCAUGGCGAUGUGAACGCGGUGCGCUCGCUCUUGGACCAGAACCCCUCGCUGAUCGGUGCUGUCGGUAUGUACUCUAUGCUGAUCCCAGACGAAGCGAACCGGACCGCACUUGCGCAUGCGCUUCAGGCGGGCCAUGUGCCUGUUGUUCACGAACUCCUCGCGCGUCACGCCGACCCACGCGUCGCCCAGACCGCCGCCGUGCCGAACGAACACAACCAGCAGGCCUUUGCCUUGGUACGUGAGGCCGCCCUGCACGCCGAUACACGCAUGGCCAACCAGGUACCCCCUCAAACCUCGACGCCCGCCCAUGCCGCAGGCGACGAGGGUGCGGCACCGGCCCACCUCCCGCCACCCGAAGUUGCCCGCAUGAUUCCCUGCAAGUUCUUCCCCUACUGCCGCUACGGCGACCGCUGUGUCUUCCAGCACCCCAGUGGACCGGUCAUUCCUCCGCCUGAGGGAAUGGUGCCGUCCUCUGGCGCGCCACACAUGUUCUUUCCUGGGCCCGGCAUGCCCUUCCCUCCAGGUCCCUAUGGCGUGCCGCCGCCGUUUGCGGACAUGAAUCGCUCCAUGUACCCUGUGCAAUACGGCCCGGCCGGCGUGCCGUUCUAUGCGCCUCCCGCGCAGGGCACGCCGGAGUCGACGCCUCAGGCGCCUGUGCCCGAGGCCCGCGCAGAGGAGCCUGCGUCGGACGCGCAGCCCGCACCGAGCGACGCUCCGUCGGAUGCGACGGUUCCACCGGCGCCGCGCCCUGCACGCUCGGCGAAGAAGGGACUCCAGAAGACGAGUCGCACCGACGCGCAGGGUCAGCGCACGCGCGCCGCGAACGGCAGCCGUCCAUCGUGUGCGUUCUUUGCGCGCUCGGCAUGCCGCUACGCAAACGAGUGCCGCUUCCCCCAUGUGCUGCCAGAUGGCUCGGAUGCGCGCCAGCUGCCGGCGGACGACAAGGCUGCGCCGCGCGCUGGUAACAGUCACACGCAGGAUCGUGUGCCAUCGGACACCGAGACGCCCUCGAGCGGCGCGUCGACGCCCCAAAACAAGAAGCCGACCCAGCGCCGCGCGAACCAGGCGCAAGCGCAGCGCGUCAAGAACGGCCGCCGUGGCUCGUCGACGCCCGCUACGACGCACCGCAAGGCUCCUCAGCAGCGCGUGCCGAACAGCGAUGAGUUCCCGGCCCUGCCCGGCGGCGGCGUGGCCGAGCCUGUCAACCCGGCUCCCAAGGGCAAGGCGCACUUUUCGGCGAUCCUCAGUGCGCCUGCACCGCCCAAGCCGGCGAGCCGUCCGGCCGGCGAGCCAGAGCCGACGAGUGAGGAUGCUCCCACCCCAGCCCCUCCCUCCGAGCCUAGCGAGACACCUACGCCUGCGCAUGGGUCUCCUCGCGACUUUGCUGCUGUGGCAGCCACCUCCGGUCAUGCUGUGACCGCGUAG